AUGGAUACCAAUAGCUUUUCCAACAACACUGGUCCUGACAAUGUACGACGCGCCGAGGGUAGCCUGCAUUACAUCCCCGCUGGAGAUGGCGGAAUGCUCAUCUACUUUGGGGGUGUACAGGAUUUAUCUGGCAAUGGAAGUUCCACCGUUGGCCAGCCCAUGGACCAGAUAUUCAUAUAUGAUGUCCUCAGCAGCAAGUGGUACACGCAAAAAGCUUCAGGUGAUGUUCCUGGAAUGCGACGACGAUUCUGCGCGGGCGUAACUUGGGCAGGAGACCAGUCAUCCUACAAUAUCUACAUGUACGGUGGCGCCAACGUUCCAGGUGUGCUGGGCGCGGGAUUCGACGAUCUUUACAUCCUCUCAAUCCCGACCUUUACCUGGAUCAAGAUGUACCCCAUCGGCCGCAACGGGACAGGAGACUACCCCCACCACUCAAUGUCCUGCAAUAUCGUCCCUGGCCGUGCGCAGAUGAUCAUCUCAGGAGGCACGUUUCCGCUCUCUCAGGACUGCGAUUCACCCGGGCAAUGGGGAACUCACAACGCGGACCUCGGAAAACAGAAUGCUGGCAAGGUCGUUUGGGAGCUGUACAAGCCCAACAAGACGACGUACGCCGUGCCGGACGAAGUCAUUGCCGUAGUAGGAGGCAAUGGCAAUGGCGGCGCUACAAAGACUUCACCGGCGGCUGGUUUCGAUUACACCGACGUCAGCCUCCUCAUCACGCUCACAGCCAGUAUCCCGAGCCGCACGCCGACGAGAGAUGUCGGUAGUACUGGCGCUCCGGCUUCCAUAGGAGGCCUAUCUACGGGUGCCAUUAUCGGCAUCGCGAUAGGAGCUGCAGUUCUGGUCGGCACCAUCGCCAUGGGAUGCUUCUUCCUGGUCCGUAAGCGCCGGUCAGACCGAUUCCACACCGGAGCAUCACCACCAGGACCAAGCCAUGUAUAUCACGCCCAGAGCAUGUCAGAGGCGUGGUCACCACCCGCGGCAUCGCCUUACUCACCACCAUACGGACCCUCUCCAUUCACGCCCCCUCCCCUCUCCGCACAUCCGCAGUCACCGCACCCAAUGUCCGCGCACACGGUCCCGCCGCACAUGGGCCCGCCGGUAGAGCUGCCCUCUGAGCCGUCAUACACAACGACACCGGCGGCUCUCGCGGGGACGACGACGCUCACAAACAUAUCGUCAACGGUGUCGUACCCGCCGCAGCAGGCGUACUUCCCCGAGACGACGACGCUGCUGAACCAGCCGCAGUACGACGCCCACGGCAACAUGUGGAUGCCGCAAGUGAGCAUGGUGCAGGUCGCUACCGGGGUGAGCCCGCCGCUGCCCGAGUACACGCCGGCGAGGGGCGACCAGAAGACUCCGCAGCCGACGGCGGCCGAGGUGCGGCACGAGCCGCCGCCGCAGGAGCCGCAGGAGCUCAGUGCGGACCCGGAUGACCGGGCGGAGAUGAGUACGAGGCAGGAACAUCAGACGUACUACAACAGAUGA